CUUAUCCAAGAUGGCGUCCCCCACGGACGGAGACGCGAGUGAAACAAAAACGGGGAAAAAAUCAAAAAAGAGCAAAAAUCAAGUCGAUGAGUCUGAGCUGCUGACCGUCCCCGAUGGGUGGAAGGAGCCGGCGUUCACCAAAGAGGACAACCCCCGCGGGCUGCUGGAGGAGAGCAGCUUCGCCACCCUCUUCCCCAAAUACAGAGAGGCCUACCUGAAGGAGUGCUGGCCGCUGGUGGAGAAGGCUCUGGGAGAGGCUCACAUCAAAGCCUCUCUGGACCUGAUCGAGGGCAGCGUCACCGUCUGCACCACCAAGAAGACCUUCGACCCCUACGCCAUCGUCCGAGCCAGAGACCUCAUCAAACUGCUGGCCCGGAGCGUCCCGUUUGAACAGGCCGUGCGGAUCCUGCAGGAUGACAUCGCCUGUGACAUUAUCAAGAUCGGGACGCUGGUGAGGAACAGGGAGCGCUUCGUGAAGAGGAGGCAGCGGCUCAUCGGACCCAAAGGAUCCACACUGAAGGCGCUGGAGCUGCUCACGAACUGCUACGUCCUGGUGCAGGGCAACACGGUGUCGGCUCUGGGGCCGUACAGCGGCCUGAAGGAGGUGCGGAAAGUGGUGAUGGACACCAUGAAGAACAUCCACCCCAUCUACAACAUCAAGACUCUGAUGAUCAAGCGGGAGCUGUCCAAAGACCCGGAGCUGCGCCUGCAGAGCUGGGAGCGCUUCCUGCCCACAUUCCGCCACAAGAACCUGACCAAGCGCAAAGAGCCCAAGAAGAAGAGCGUGAAGAAGGAGUACACGCCGUUCCCCCCUCCCCAGCCGGAGAGCAAGGUGGAUGAGGAGCUGGCGACCGGAGAGUUCUUCCUGCGGCAGAGCGUGAAGAAGAGGAAGAAGAUGGAGGAGAUCAAGGUCAAACAAGCAGAAGCUCUGAGCAAGAAGCAGGAGCAGCGCAACAAGGCCUUCAUCCCCCCCAAAGAGAAGCCUCUGAUGAAGAAGACGCUCAAAGCUCCAGCAGAGAGCAAACUGGACAUCGACGCCAUCAAGGACAAAGUGAAAAAGGCCAAGACGAAGAAGCUGGGAGCUCCUCCUCUUCCUCCUCCUCCUCCGACGACGGCGAGCAGCAGCAACAAGAAGAAAGGCAAGAAGAACAAAGGAUAAACACUCCUCACACACACCGCUGCAGCGAGUGUGUGUGUGAGGACAGAGCAGAGACUGUCAGGAGUGUGUUUGGAUCCAAACGUCUCCUUUUGCUCCAGUUUUGUAUUUAUGUAAAAUAAAAGUGUUUUUCUUUUUUUUUGA